GAGAAGUGGAGCUGCUGGCGGCGACGGGACGCGAGACGUGGCAUAGAACGGCAGAGAGCAACUCGAUUCGAAGAUCGGUAGUAACUAGGUAGCCAAGAAGGCACGUACCCCUACUCCGACAGGUAGCGCGCGAUCAGUUGGCCGGCUCUGGUUCGAAACAGGUGGGCUUGACUCGAGUGAGUCUCGGUCUACCGCUUACCGCGCACGGAUCGAGUUUGUCGUCCGACCGGUCUCUCGAGUUCUCGCUUUCGGUUAGGGAAAAAAAAAAAUUCUAUUCGACUAUCCGAAAUAUGCGUAUAUAAAGCAGUGGACGAGUGGAGCGUUAGAUCGAGCAACGUGGUUCGCCAGUUUCGUCUCGGUUUACGCUCGAUCCGUCGCGACCGCUCGGUCGAGUAGUGCGCGUAGCGUUCGAAAUCACCGCGUUCCAACUAUCGUUGGUGGACGGGAGGAUACCGAGCGUGAUUCGCGACGCAGCUUCUCGACGUCGCGAAUGCUUCGAAUCGAGAGUGUCAUCGAAUAAAUCGAAUCCCCCUUCCGGGCAACGAUCUCUUGGAGAUCGCGUCGAGAUCUCUUGCCGCGGCACGAGCAACGAUCGCCGUCCCGAUUUUGCAUGGGUGUACACUGUUCGUUACGCGGCUGCGGUAUGUUUCAAGAGCCGUUUUUCCUUCAUCCACCUGGUUCGCGACCUCGCGAUGGAAUCUACAUAAAUCCUAUGAGCGCGUACAUCGGCGAGCCCGUCAAGCCAAAGGACACGGAAUCCUUCUAUCUUCACAGCCCUCACGAUCUCGUCUACACCAGAAUCACGCGUCUUUUCGCCGACACGGACAAGCAUCGACACUUGGAGAAGAAGGACGAGACUCUGACUGUGAAAGUGGACGUGCACUUCAACAAUGGCGUUCUCGACCGACCGUCCAGCAGAAACGGUUACACGGCCAAAUCGAUCAAUCGCGAACAAUCCGAAAUGGUUCGCGAGCCAUCCGAACACGCGUACGAACAAAUCUGCUUACGGCAGGAUUCCGAAACCGGUGACGUGGUCGCAACCCAACAAAAGAAGAUGCCUGACAACGCGUCCGAUCGUAGCCGUUCCCGAAAGAUCGAUCGUAGAUAUAGCAGAUCGAGUAGCGCCAGCGAGUCGUCGAACAUCAGCAGCGAGAUUCCUUGCUUCUCGUCGAGCGCGUCGACACCGUCGCUGUCGCGGAACAGCAGCAACGAACGAAUCGGAAAAAAUGGAAAACUCUCCGUCGAAUCGUCGCACGAGAAAAGGAACUCGACCAGUUCGUCGCAAGUAGAAAGCGAAAAGGAGAUCAAACCGGCCACCGGCGGAGCCAGCUUUGCCAAGCCACCGCCUCCACCACCACCGCCUCCACUACCGGACAAGGAGGAUAUCGUGGUGCUCGUGGUGAACGCCAAGCAAAUCGCGGAACCCGUAACCAAGGAUGAGAAGAGAGACAUCUCCGGAGAGACGAACCGAAAUGGCAGAAUGGAAAACGGACCCGUUUCGUCUUCGGCGAUCAACAAGUCCGACGUAUCCUGCGGCGAGCAUCAGCAGCCGGAAGUACCUCCUGCCAGUCCAACGGCGGACACCGAGGAAAUUAAGACGAGUCAAACGUCUCAUCUGGUCAAUAAACAUAUGGUGCUGCCGUUCAUACCGCCCAAGUUCGCGAACGCGGACUCCAACACUCUGCUCAAGCCGUCCGAGUAUCUGAAGAGUAUCUGCAAGCUUUCGUCCAAGAGCAUCCUGUUGAAAGCAAGGUCGGUGGACAACUUGGAUAUACAGAGCAGGAGUAGCGAUCGAAGAGAAGGGUGCGUCAGACCGGAAGGGGCAGAGGAUCAAGAGGAGGAGGAACUGGCGGUGGCCGUCGCCGAGGGGCAGCGGAGAGGACGAGAAGGCGAGGUGGAAGAGGAAGAGGAAGAGGAGGAGAACGAGGUGGCGGAGGUGGGAAAGGAAUCGGCCGCGAGGCCUCCGCCACCACCGUUGUCUCCGCUUCAAAAGUUGCGACGAGCCGACGAGGACUCCGGUACGGUCGCGACCAUCGAUCCCGAAUCCCCGAAAACCCCACAGCCACUCGCUACCAUCAGCAUUCAGGAUCUGACUAGUAUCCAACUGCGAAGAACCACCGCGAAAAUGAACGCGACGAAAACCUUCUCCGCCCCUCCACCGCGCAGCGUGUCUAUGACUAACGUUUCAGAGUCGUUCUUCGUUCAAAAAACCGAUUUGAUCGCGGAAUUGAAGAGGACCAAGGACAUCCCCGGGAUCAAGAAACUAAAGGUGGAGAUGGCCCAAGUGGAAAAGACGCAGGAGCAAAAUCUCAUGUCGGAGAUUAACAAGGCGUUCAACGUUUCGAAUUUCGUAGAUCAGAUUCCAGAGAAAGACAGUUCCGGAAACGUGAUACCGAUAUGGAAACGACAAAUGUUAGCUCGAAAGGCUGCCGAACGAGCAAAGAAGGAACUAGAGGAACAAAUCGCCAAGGAGAACGAAGAGAGACGACAGAAGGCGAUUCCUGCAUGGAAGAGGCAGCUGCUCGCGAAAAAGGACAACGAGGAAAAAAGACUGAACCAAGCGCAGGCGGUACCAGUGGUCAAGGUGGACGCGACGCUGUCACCGAGGCGAGACGUUUCACCUUCGCGCACCCAUCGACACGAAGAGAAAUUAGAAACGGAGGAGAAAAAGGGCGAAGCGAUCGCUACGAAUCACGGAUCGUACGGGACACUCGGGACACUCGGGACACACGAAUUGCACGGAACGCAAGCAAACCACAUGAACGACGACGCUCAGAUUAUCCCAUGGCGGGCACAGCUCAGGAAAACCAACAGCAAACUCAACAUCUUGGAUUAAUCGAUCGAGUUUCUUCCGUUCAUCGAUUCACACCACCGAUGGUCCAACGCUGAUCCCAUAUUUGUACAUAGAAUCGAGUAAAAUUUAUAUCGAGGAAU